AGUUACCCGCUGAACACCUGGAGGCAUGUCCAAGAAAAGGGGCAGGAAGCGCAGCAGCGGGGAACUGAGCGAGACGCCGCCUCUGGACCCCAGCUGCAUCCUGGGCCUGCGCAUCCAGCACAACUGGCGAGAGCGCGGGAACCACAGCAAGUGGAAAGGAACGGUGCUGGACCGGCUGAGCGUCAGCCCCUCCCUCUUCAUGGUGAAGUACGACGGCUUCGACUGCGUCUACGGCAUCGAGCUCUUCAAAGACGAGCGGGUCUCCAACCUGCAGGUCCUACCGGAACAAGUCGUGAACAACAAGAUCAAGAUGCCCCUCGGGGUGGAGGAGCUGGUGGGCAAAGCGGUGGAGCAUCUGUUCGAGAAGGAGGAUGGAGAGAAGAACGAGUGGAGAGGGAUGGUUCUGUCCAGAGCGCCCGUCAUGACCAACUGGUACUACAUCACGUACGAGAAGGACCCGGUUCUGUACAUGUACCAGCUGUGGGACGACUACGCCGAAGGAGACCUGAGGAUCCUACCUGAAGCAGAAAACAAACACCUGCUGCCGGCGGACCGGAAACCCGGAGAGGAGACGGAGAGUCUGGUGGGGAAGCAGGUGGAGUACGUCACCGACAAAGGCGUGAAGAGGACGGGGUUGGUCAUUUACCAGGUUCCCGCCAAGCCCUCCGUGUACUACAUCAAGUACGACGAUGACUUUCACAUUCACGUUUAUGACCUGGUCAAGACCAACUGAGCGGACGGACACUUCAGGUCAGCUCCUGCUGUUCCAGCCGUUCCAGCUGACACCUUUUACUGUUUCAAAGAGUGCACGCAGCCGUGCACGGCUGCACAAGCUCUGUUAAACUUGCUUUUCUUCGUCUGUGAGGCUCUGCGUUCUUCAGAAGCUCCGUUUCAGCUCGCCGUUUUCAGUUGUGGUUUCUUUGCUUUCGUCGUUCAUGGAAUAAAUUCUGCACUUUUUUGUGGCUUUUGAAAAGACACGAGCUCUGAAUCAAAGCCCCCCCCCACAACCCUGGUGAUAGAUGGUCAUUACCCUCGUAUUCUCCAAACCUGACACGCGUCGCUCUGAUUCGUGAAGCUGCGUUUGGAUCUGACGAGCUUCUCGCCGGCGUGCGGCGGCACACGGAGCCGACGCCCAUCUGCGCCCCACAUGAAUGUGAACAUGCACAUCAUCAAAGUGCCUUCUGGCCCGUCAGAACCGGUCUGAAAGCCGCACGACGGCGUCAGGAAAAGCUGCGCCGCUAGUUUGAUGGAAAUGCAUCUUAUCGGUUGUAUUCUCUCACUGUCGUAUUGUGAGGAGCACUUUAUUGUGUAACGUUUACAUAUUCAAGUAAAGGAGGAACUCGAUUCCUAGAGUAGACACUUUCUUUUGUUUGAAAAAAUGCUUUAAAUGAAGAAAGGAGAGCGUGCUGCACAUUCUCUAAAGGAUCAUCACAGCUUCUGUCGUAACCAUGGCAACCUAACACAGCAGAAACGUCCUCGUGUUCUUACAUCUGCUUGCAGAAGUGAUUUCAUUAACCCAAACUGUAGUUCUUUACUUCUGGAUCUCUCCUCAAAUUGCAUGAAACAGUGAAAGAGUGCCUAAAGUUUAGAGACUUUAUUUCUACAUGUGGAGACAGAUUUGAAUCAGAACAGACACUACGGAUCAGAGCCGGGAGCCCUGGAGGUUCUGGCUGACGCUCAGCGAACGCUUUGGUUUCCUCUGUUUUGUGUCAAUGUUAUGGAACAAUAAAGUUUUUUGUGCA